AGGCCUCCCUCUCAAUGGGGACCGGGUCCUCAGGACCGCAGCAUGGUUAUCACUGUGGGGAAUGAGCUGACCGGACCGUCUGGAUCUGCCCCCCUUCGUCAUCAUGACAGGGACUACUCUCCCAGACCUGAACACGAGAAGAGUUGGAGAGGGGCCCGUAGCGCCGAUCAUAGUCCAAACCGCAGACGCGCCAAGAGCCUGCCACGAAGCAAGAGCCGACCCCGAGGUCAAAGCCGGAGUCCAGAGCGGAGCCAGGUCAAGUCCCGAGGCCGAAGCCAGAGUCGUAGUCCAGACCGGAGUCGGGCCAAGAGCCGGGGUCGGAGCAAGAGCCGACCUCGAGGCCAUAGCCGGGAGAGGAGCAAGAGCCGGAGUCCGGACCGCAGUCAAGCCAAGAAUCGGGGACGGAGCAAGAGCCGUCAUCGCAGUAGAUCCAAAUCGAGGUCCAGAUCUAGAUCUCGAAAGAGGAGCAGAGGAAGAAGUCGUGGGCGAGGCCAUGGCCGCAGUAAGAGCCGCAGCAGCAGCAGCUCUAGCAGCAACUCCACAUCCAGCGUGUACAGAAAAGCUGGAUCCUUCAAAGAGCUGGACAUCGCCAGACGCCGUAAGGAGCUGGAGGAGCUCCUGAUGCAACCUACCAAGUCCAUUCUGAAAAAAAGCAAUUACGAUGACUCACCGUCUAUCAAGGACUCGCCUCAGGAUCCACACAGUACCACGAUGUCCCACAUGGCCAACCAGCUCCUGCAGGCUGUUAGGAGUACCAACCCGCAAACCAUGGCCUCCACGCUGUCGGAGCUUCGUUCUGACUUGCACCUGGCUCAGCGUCCUGGCCUCAAUGCAGAGAUUACAGAAAUCAUCAACUUGCUUGAGGGGGCCGUGUCGGGGGGUGGAGGUCAGCAGAAAGUUCAAAAUGAAAUUGAUGACGAGGAGAAGUUUUUGUAUGGUGAUUCAGAAGAAUCCAAACCCCAGCCAGAGCACGUUCAACACCACAGCUUGGACUUGUACGGGAACGUGACUGAGGACUCGCUAUACUCUGAACCUUCAUCACAGAGAGCUCCCCUCACUCAGCUAUAUGGUUGCCUCCCCCCUCCAGUUACACCCUACCUUGAGGCCACACCUACGGUGAGUGAGAUGGACAAGUAUGUGAGUGGGCCUACAGCAAGCUCCCAACAGAACGUUACAGUCCAGAUGUCAAAUCCUAUCCACCCGCCAGAAAUGGAGUCGCUGGGGGAGAAUGAGCACCAGGCAAACCAGGAGUACGAACAGAUCCAGGACCUGCUAAAGACCAUUGGACUGGACCUGGGAGUGACAGAAAUCAGCAAGAUGGCUGCCAGAACCAAAGAACGCCUUCAGGGGAAAAAGCCGCCUCCGAAAACUCCCACGCGCCGAAACCGGUACUCCUCUGACAGCUCAGAUAACAGCCGGUAUAGCCGGGGCCACAAGAGGCGAAGCCACAGCAGCAGUUCAAGCAGCAGCAGCAGCAGAAGUCACAGCCGUGAGCCAAGCAACAAGGUGGGGGGCAAUUGGAGCAGCGACGACGACGAGCGCAAGAAGGAUACAGCUCCGCCCAAAACGCAAGACACAAACGAAGCAACAAGCAAGUGGAUUGAUGCGCCACCACUGCAGCCUCAGACCACCAACCCCACAUCAGUCACCCCUCACUCCGGGAUGCCGAUCCCCACCUACCCCCCCACGCAGGUCCACAGCAUGAUGCCCCCUACUUUCCCCCCACCUGGAUAUGGCCAGUACAGCAACUACAUGCCCUACAUGCAUCAGCAGUGGCCCCCGAUGUACCUGCCCCCUAACAUGGCCCUGCCCCCUCAGACCACCGGCAGUGACUUGCCUCCUCCUCAACCUUACAAGCAACCCUACGAAAACCCAUCCCUCGAGGCCGGGGUCAAAGGUGCAGUGAGAAGUGUUUCUCAAGACAAAGAUCAACAGCAGACCAAGAACAGGAGUGUUUCUGAUGAGGAGAACAACGAGAGCCAGAAACAAAAGGUUCUGGAAGAACGGGAGAAUAUGAAGAAAGAGCGAGAGGUCAGGAUGAAGAAGAAAGAGUAUCUAAUGAAGGAGCUGGAGCGACUCAGGAAGCAGCAGGGUGAGCUGCUGAGGAAAAAGCGCCGGGAAAAGGACGGUCACAAAGACCCCCUGCUGCAGGAGCUUGGCCGACUGCAAGAGGAGGUUAUGGCUCAGAUCUCCAGCCUCCGCAAGGAGCACGAGGCCGCUGAGAAGAAACGCAGCGAAAUUGAAAAGGUGGCGCUCAUUUUUGGCCUUAACCCAUCGGACCAGCCCAGUAAAACCAUCAAGCAGCCCAAAGUUCAGGAGGAUGAGCCACAACCAGCAAAGAAAAAGCGAGAGCCCGAGUGGAGCCCCGAGGAGCGGGAGGCCUCCGACAGCUCUGCAGCGAAGCUGACCCCUCCCGCUCUGAUCAUGGCAUCUACAGACAAACCACCUGCCACUGCCCCAGCUCAGGCUCCGCCCCCUGACCCAUUUGAAUACUAUGAUGCUGGGAACCACUGGUGUAAAGGCUGUAAUGUCACCUCUGGUUCCAUGUUUGAUUUUUUCACGCACUUGCACAGCAAAUCUCAUCAAAAGACUCUGGACCCGUACAACCGGCCCUGGGCUUCCAGUCCCUCCAAAAACUUGAAGAACAUGCGAUCAGCGGAGAAGCAAACCAAACCUGCCAAAGGUUCAGAGUUCCUGAUUCCUGUCAGAGGCUUCUUCUGCCUGCUGUGCAAACAGUUUUAUGGAGACGCCAUCUGCGCUGAAGAACACAACCUCACACACUUUCAUAACGAGAAAUACAAGAACCAAAUGUAUGAGAACCCGCUGUAUGAGCAGAGGAGGAACUUGGACCGUCAGGCUGGCUUGGCUUUGGAGGCGAGUGGAAAGAAACGCAAACAUGACGAGGACCACAAAAAUAGCAAAGAAAAAGAAGAAAAUCCCAAAUAUAAAAAAGAGAAAAAGUAUAACGAAAAGGAAGAGGAUGCUUCUGUGUACAAAGAGGAAAAAUACAAAGUUAAUAUGGGAGAGGAGGUAAAGCCAAAGCUGAGCAGGAAAGAGGAGGAUUUCAGAAAGAGCCAGGAGCAGGAGAGGUACUCUUACAGCAAGAAAAAUGAGGAGGACAAGUAUAAAUACAGUAAAAAGGAAGACAGAUUACGCUACAGUCGAGGCGAUGAAGACCAGAAAAUGUGGUACAAGAAUAGCAAACAAGAUGAAGGGUAUCGGUACCAGUGCCGCAAGAAUGACGACAGAUACGAUGAGCGUCCAAAGAGCCGCUUCAGAGAGGACGAGGACAAAUAUCCAGACAGCAGAUCUAAAUACAGCAGCAAGUGGGAUGAAAGUAAACCUCAAGCUGAAAGGGAAGCAGACAAACCUGUAGGAAAACCAGACCACAUCAAGGCUGAACUUCCACCAAAACCCUACGAGCUGCCAAAAAUCUUCUGUGGACCCAGUCCGGCCAUGAGGGCAAAGCUACGCAAGCAGAGCCUGGAAUCCGGUAAAGCACCAGCUGCCACCACUUCUUUUGGGAAGUUCAUGUGGAAGAAGAAGGAUAAUCAGCUGGCAAAGGAGGCACAGAAAAUAGCCGCAGAUUUCAUCAAGGAAGACGAAAUAGCUGCCAAGCAACAGGCUUCCACCACUGAGGAUUCUUUUGCAAAGUCUAUGGCUGUUGCAAAAGAGAUAGCACAGAAGCUGUCAGGUGAAAAAUUCAUGCCUCCACCUUGGUAUUCUUGUGGUCGAGGACAGAUCCGCCCAAACCUCCGUGCACCUGCCAAUCAAAUUAAAAGGAUAGCCACGGUGGGAAAACCUGCAUCACUCAAUGCAUUUCUUAACAUGAGAUCCCCAAACACCAGUAUAGCAGAAGCUGCUCCCAGUCCCCCUGUCAGUCCUCAGCUUGAUCAGAUGAACAAUUCCCCUUCGGUCCACACACCUGGUUCAUUAGAGCCAAUGCCUGUUCGAGCAGUGACUGAAUCAGAAACAUUUGGUCCUAAACUUCCGCCAUCAUUUUCAAAACCUGAACUGUAUGAGGGUAAUGUUAAACCUUAUCCACCUGAAUCAAAAACUGUAGUAUCUGAAGCUACACAAGAUCUGCCAGUUUCUGAACCUGCUGUAGAGCCUAAACCCAGUCCAGUUGAGUCUGAACCCUGUCCAAUCGAGUCUAAACCCAGUCCAGUUGAGUCUAAACGUGGUCCAGACGAAGCUAUACCUGGUCCAAUCGAGUCUAAACCCAGUCCAGUUGACUCUACAUCUGGUCCAGUUGAGUCUGAACCCGGUCCAGUCGAGUCUGAACCCGGUCCAGUCGAGUCUGAACCCGGUCCAGUCGAGUCUGAAUCCGGUCCAAUCGAGUCUAAACCCAGUCCUGUGGAGUCUAAACCCGGUCCAGCUGAAUUUAAACUUGCACCCAUACAGGUUAAUUCUGCUUCACCAGUUUUUUCUCCAACCAAAUCAAACCCAGCACCUUCUGAAACUAAACUUGUUCCAGCAGGAGGAAAGCCAAUGCCCUUUCAGGCUGCUUUGUCCAAGUGUCCACCUGCACAACCAUCAAUGAUCAAGAUUGUGUCUGAUGUGGCAGCUCCUGGUGUCCCGGAGAGUGAGCAGACCUGCACUGUGUUUGUCAAACCGCCACCUUUCCUAAGCAAAGCAUUGGGACCUCACAAACCAGAUAAGGUGAAGAAAAACCUGGCUGCAGCCAAAGCCCAGGAUUUAUUUGGCAUCUUCUACAGUAGUAGUAGCCAGCAAGGACCUUCCUGUUUCUCCAGACCAGAAAUUUGUGACAAAAGUCCUUUCUUGGCUCCACAGGCACCUCAGCCAAAACCACAGUCCCCUUAUCAGACCCAUUCACAGUUUGAAGAUAAACUACAACUUCACUUAGAGUCCAAAAUUCAAACCCAACCAGAAGAUAAACCAUUAUCCCAAACUCAAGAUCAACCUCUAGUUGAACCCCAGAAUCAACCAAAACCUCAAAUAGAUCUCCAACAUGAGACUCUUUCUUUCACUCAAACCCAGCCUUCAACUAAGGUCCAACCACCUCUGGAGCCCGACUCAAAAAUCAGUCCUCCAUGUCCCCAAAACCAGCCUUCGACCAAGGUCCAACCAUCUCCGGAAACGGAACUCGACUCAAAAAUCAGUCCUCCAUGUCCCCAAACCCAGCUUUCAACCAAGGUCCAACCACCUCUGGAACCAGAACCCAACUCAAAAAUCAGUCCUUCAUGUCCCCAAAUCCAGACUUCAACCAAGGUCCAACCACCCCUGGAACCGGAACCCGACUCAAAAAUCAGUCCUUCAUGUCCCCAAAUCCAUACUUCAACCAAGGUUCAACCAUCUCCGGAACCGGAACCCGACUCAAAAAUCAGUCCUCCGUGUCCCCAAAUCCAUACUUCAACCAAGGUUCAACCAUCUCCGGAACCGGAACCCAACUCAAAAAUCAGUCCUCCGUGUCCCCAAACCCAGCCUUCAACCAAGGUUCAACCAUCUCCGGAACCGGAACCCGACUCAAAAAUCAGUCCUCCGUGUCCCCAAACCCAGCCUUCAACCAAGGUCCAACCAUCUCCGGAACCGGAACCCGACUCAAAAAUCAGUCCUCCGUGUCCCCAAACCCAGCCUUCAACCAAGGUUCAACCAUCUCCGGAACCGGAACCCGACUCAAAAAUCAGUCCUCCGUGUCCCCAAACCCAGCCUUCAACCAAGGUUCAACCAUCUCCGGAACCGGAACCCGACUCAAAAAUCAGUCCUCCGUGUCCCCAAACCCAGCCUUCAACCAAGGUUCAACCAUCUCCGGAACCGGAACCCGACUCAAAAAUCAGUCCUCCGUGUCCCCAAACCCAGCCUUCAACCAAGGUCCAACCAUCUCUGGAACCGGAACCCGACUCAAAAAUCAGUCCUUCAUGUCCCCAAAUCCAUACUUCAACCGAGGUCCAACCAUCUCUGGAACCAGAACCCGACUCAAAAAUCAGUCCUUUGUGUUCCCAAACCCAGCCUUCAACCAAGGUCCAACCAUCUUCAGAACCUGAACUCGACUCAAAAAUUGGUCCUCCGUGUCCCCAAACCCAGCCUUCAACCAAGGUCCAACCAUAUCUGGAACCGGAACCCGACUCAAAAAUCAGUCUUUCGUGUCCCCAAACCCAGACUUCAACCAAGGUCCAACCAUCUCCGGAACCGGAACCCAACUCAAAAAUCAGUCCUUCGUGUCCCCAAAUCCAGCCUUCAACCAAGGUCCAACCAUCUCCGGAACUGGAAAUCGACUCAAAAAUCUGUCCUCCAUGUCCCCAAACCCAGCCUUCACCUCUGGAACCGGAACCCGACUCAAAAAUCAGUCCUCCUUGUCCCCAAACCCAGAUUUCAACCAAGGUCCAACCGCCUCUGGAACUCGACUCAAAAACCUGUCCUCCGUGUCCCCAAAUCCAGCCUUCAACUAAUAUUCAACCAUUUCUGGAACCCGACUCAAACUGUAAUGAAUCAGACAUUCAGAUCACCUCUGUUUGGUCUCUUCAGCCCACUGCAACAAUUCAGGUGGUGCCAACGACCCAAGCCAAACCAGCGCUACCAGACUGUCAUCAGAGUUUGUUUCUAAACCAGACCCCCCAUGAGGAACCAACACCGGAACCCCAGCCCAAACCAGCCCCUCAGUCCCAAGAAAAGCUUCAACUUGAAUUCCAGCCCCUUUCAGAAACGGAUCCAUCACCACAGUCUAAACCCAAACCUGGCCCCAAAACCAGAGGCAAGUCAACACCAAGGAAGGCCUCUCCUGCUUCUGCUCCUAUUCGACAAACACGGUCUCAGACCAGAUAUCAGACCAGGCAGCAGCAGAGCCAGCCAGAACCAGCAUUAGGAGACCAUGACCCCACAACUUCAGAUUCAAAAGGUUUGGAGGUUUCUGAUCCAGGGUCUGAGCCAGAGAUUGAGACAACCAACAAAAAGGAUGCUCCAGCGAUGGAGAUCACCCCAGAAACUCUGGGUUUUCCCUCAGACCUGAUCUCCUUGGACUUUAACUAUGAUUUUAACUUUGAGUAGGUCAGAUAUGUGCAUGAUGGGAGCUCAGGCUUGAAGAUUUCAGAAUAUUUCACUACUGUCAGAGUCUUUUACAGGACUGAACGUUCCUGAAAGAACCCUGACCUUCAGAAAUUCAAAUAGAAUCAAAGUUAAAAUAAUUUUUCUUUUCAUCCAGAAGGUCAGCAGGUAUGAAAGUCUGAUCUGGUUUUGAUGAGCCAAACUAAUCCAAACUGGACCAAACUGGCUUUGAAGCACAAUGCCAGGCUAUGUUUAGAGUUCCCUUGACAUCUCUGGUGGAUAUUUUCAGAAAAUUUUGUUGGGUUCUGGAAAAAGGUUCCUGUUUUUCACAGAUAGUUUUACCUGCUGAAGUUGGUUUCUGCUCACUGAUUGUAGGUUUUUGUUUUCUAAAAGUAAAGUUGUGUUUAACCCUCAAACUGUUUUUUAUGUUCAUGUUUGAAACCUGUAUGAACCUUCAUGACGCUAGUCCUGUUUGGUGUUUUAAAUAAAAGUUGUAGAAGAGAUCUUGUCAGGUUUUAGUUUUUUUGUUCUCAACGAUGAUUAAA